AUGCACGCUCUCUCGUCGCUGUUCGUCCUCGGCACCUGUGCCGUCCAGACGGCCCUCGGUCGUCCGGAGGCCGCUAUCCGUGCGAAGCGGGAGGGCGCUAUCCUCAAGCGCUCCGUCGACUCGUUCAUCGAGACCCAGACCCCUAUCGCCUGGAGCAAGCUGCUCUGCAACAUCGGCCCCGACGGCUGUGCUGCUUCCGGAGCCGCCCCCGGCGCCGUCAUUGCCAGCCCCUCCAAGUCCGAGCCAGACUACUGGUACACCUGGACCAGAGAUGCCUCCCUGGUCCUCACGGGCCUCGUGGACUCCUUUGCCCAUAACUACUCGGAAUCCCUGCAGACUACUAUCCAGAACUUUGUUGUCUCGCAGGCUAAGCUCCAGGGUGUCUCGAACCCCUCGGGUGGUCUCUCUGACGGGACCGGCCUCGCCGAGCCCAAGUUCAUGGUCGACCUCUCCCAGUUCACUGGUGACUGGGGCCGGCCGCAGCGAGACGGCCCGCCUCUCCGGGCUAUUGCUCUCAUCCGGUAUGCAAAGUGGCUGAUCGCCAACGGCUACAAGGACACCGCCAACGAUGUCGCCUGGCCCGUGAUCAAGAACGACCUUGCCUACACCGCCCAGUACUGGAAUGAGACGGGCUUUGAUCUGUGGGAGGAGGUUCCUGGUAGCUCAUUCUUCACCAUUGGCGCUUCUCAUCGGGCCCUGGUUGAGGGAGCCGCUCUCGCUGCUCAACUUGGUACUGAAUGCGGUGCCUGCCUCACUACCGCCCCUCAUGUUCUGUGCUUCCAGCAGAGCUUCUGGAAGUCCUCCGAGGGCUACGUCGUCUCUAACAUCAACGGCGGCGAGUCCCGGUCUGGCAAGGACGCCAAUUCGGUCCUGACCUCGAUCCACAACUUCGACCCGGCCGCUGGCUGUGAUUCCAACACGUUCCAGCCCUGCAGCGAGAAGGCGCUCUCCAACCACAAGGUCUACGUCGACUCGUUCCGAUCUGAAUACGGCAUCAACUCGGGCAUUCCCCAAGGCAAGGCCGUCGCCGUCGGCAGAUACUCCGAAGACGUCUACUUCGAGGGCAACCCGUGGUACCUGGCCAACUUCGCCGCGGCCGAGCAGCUCUACGACGCCAUCUACGUCUGGAAGCAGGACGGCUCCAUCACCGUCACCGAGGUCUCCCUCCCCUUCUUCAAAGACCUCGUCCCCUCCAUCACCGCGGGCAGCUACGACACCUCCUCCCCCACCCACCAGACCAUCCUCGACGCCGUCUCCGCCUACGCGGACGGCUUCAUCGAGGUCGCGGCGCAGUACGCGGGCGAGGGCGGCUCGCUCGCAGAACAAUACGACCGGAACAGCGGCAGCCCGCUCUCGGCCGCCGACCUGACCUGGUCCUACGCCGCCUUCCUGUCGGCGGCCGACCGCCGCGCCGGCAUCGUCCCCGUCACGGGCUGGUCCGCCGAGGACGCCAACACGCUGCCCGAAACCUGCGAGCGCGUCCAGGUCGCGGGAACCUACGCCCAGGCCACCGAGACCGCCUUCCCGCCCGGCCAGACCCCCAACCCGAGCGCGGCCCCGGCCCCGGCGCCGUUUCCCUCGGCCUGUGCGGAUGCUGCGCGCGUGUAUGUGACCUUUGAUGGGCGCGUGGAGACGCAGUGGGGUCAGUCGGUCAAGGUCGUGGGGAACGUGCCGGAGCUGGGGGGGUGGGAUGCCGAGAAGGCGGUGCCGCUGUCGGCGUCGGGGUACACCGGUGAGAAUCCCCUGUGGAGUAUUACGGUGCCUAUUGCGGCUGGGACGGCGGUGGAGUAUAAGUUUGUGCGUGUGGGCGCUGAUGGCGCGGCGGAGUGGGAGUCGGAUCCGAACCGCGGGUUUACGGUGGAGGCGGAGGAGCAGGCUGCGAGUGGGUGCUCGGCGCAGAAGGUGGAGGGUAGCUGGCGGUAG